CGGUAUGCUACAGUUCAACUAGACAAAAGCAGCAAAGAGAAGGAGGGGCAUAACAGUCGCGUUACUGACAAAAGGAUACAAACGUUCACAUUUAAGGAUUACGAUACUACCUAUCAUUUAUCCUUUUAUUUUUAAAUACAAUUUUUGUUGUUCUUUCGUUAUUGUUGGUUCUUCUAUCGACUAUUAAUUGUCGUGAAAGGAAAAAAAAAACAAAUAAAAAAGAAUUGUGAAAAGGAAUUAAUAUUCUUUCUCGUUUUUUACUUUCGCGUGGUGCAAAAUAAAGUUGUUCUCUUUUUGAACAUAAGUUCGAGUGUUUUAUUUAAAAAAAAACAAAAAAUAAAGAAAAUAUGACAAAGUACGAAAUGUGUAUUACAUCGCGUCCAUUGGUGACUCUUCUGGUGCUCAGCGUACUCGUGACGAUUUUGAUACCAGAACCAACCGAUGCCAGACCUACCGAUACCGUAAUCAGCAGACGCAAGAGAGUCUCAGAUCAAAGGAUCGCCGAAUUGGAAACUUUACUUGGGUUAUCAACGAAAAUCAAGGGCAAGGUGAUAUUCGUACCUGUUGCAUAUGGCGUUAUAGAUCCUGCUAAAGUAGGUCGCAAGCGAAGAUCUUCAUCGGACGACAGUUUCAACAAAUUGAGAGAAAUAUUGCAAAUUGACAGACAAGAUUCGAUUUUCCUACCGGAAGAGAAUAACGAGAUUCUGUCUCUGCCAUUGAAAGAUGCAAACAAUCAUCUAGAAAUCGAGAGACAAUAUUAGUCUAAUUGGAUGUUGCAAUAUCGACUGAAGACGAGAAGAAAAUCGAAGCAAUCGAGUGUAAUAAAAUAGAAAAAUAAGAAGAAGAAGAAGAGAAGAGGUAGGAAGAAGGAAGGUAGGAAGGAAGGAAGGAAGAAAGAAAAAGAGAAAAAAACCGAAAGAAAUAAUAAAACAACUCGAUCGUGAAACGCCUAAAUCAGUAUUACGGACCGUUCUCCGUCCGAGUUUGAUGCACUGAACUCUUUGAUGAAUUUAAAUGAUAAAUAAUUAACGACGAGCACGACAAAUGUUAAUAAUAUCCUAUCGUGAUUCGUAGAUUGUAGUUAAUAGUUAAUAUGAGAAAUGGAGAAGGGGUAAGGCGAUAAUUAAAAUUACGCAGAG